AUGGCUGGAGACGCGCCCGCCGCGCGCAAGUGCUCUGGCAAGGACUGCGACAACGACGCGGGCCAGCUGCAAUGCCCAAACUGCCAGAAGCAGGGCAAGGAGAGCUACUUCUGCUCGCAAGACUGCUUCAAGCGCAACUGGGCUGAGCACAAGAAGUCGCACAAGUCACAAAGUACUCUUCUCUCCAACAUCUUUACUCCAAAAGUCGUUUCUUACCCCGAUCCAGCCACCGGCACCUUCAAUCCCUUCCCCGCCUACCCGUAUACCGGCGCCCUCAGACCCGUGUACCCGCUGUCGGAGCGGAGGAAGGUGCCUGCCAGCGUGCAACUGCCAGACUAUGCAAAGGAUGGGAUACCCCACUCCGAACAGAAGUUUGUUGGCAGGAACAAGAUUGCUAUACUCAACGCAAAGGAGAUCGAGGGCAUGCGCAAGGUCUGCAGACUGGCGCGAGAAGUGCUCGACAUUGCUGCGCGAGAGGCAAAGCCUGGUGUGACCACCGACUACAUUGACGAGGUGGUCCACAAGGCUUGCAUGGAGAGAAACUCAUACCCGUCCCCACUGAACUACUGCCACUUCCCCAAGUCAGUAUGCACGUCGCCUAACGAAGUCAUCUGCCACGGCAUUCCCGACCAGCGCGUUCUCAAGGACGGCGAUAUCCUCAACAUCGACGUGACCCUCUACCACGGCGGGUUCCACGGCGAUCUCAACGAGACAUACUACAUCGGCGAGAAGGCACUCGCGGACCCAGACUCGGUCCGCAUUGUUGAGACAUCGCGAGAGUGCUUGGACAAGGCGAUCGAGCUGGUCAAGCCAGGCACGCUCUUCCGCGAAUACGGCAACGUCAUCGAGAAGCACGCAAAGGCUCAGAACUGCAGCGUCAUCAAGACCUACUGCGGCCACGGCAUCAAUCAGCUGUUUCACUGCGCACCCAAUGUCCCACAUUACGCCAAGAACAAGGCUGUAGGAGAGGCGAAGCCAGGCAUGUGCUUCACUAUUGAGCCCAUGAUCAGCUUGGGUACACACCGGGACAAGACCUGGCCGGACGACUGGACCAGUGUUACCGCAGAUGGCACUAGGACUGCGCAAUUUGAGCAUACUUUGUUAGUAACAGAAGACGGCGUAGAGAUCCUCACUGCAAGAUUGCCGGACUCACCUGGAGGCCCUGUAGCACGGAUCGAGGCAUCAAAUGGUACAGUAGCAGCAGCAUAGCGACGUCCUUAUGUAACCAACAAAAGCAUGAAGCGAUGAAUCAACCUAGUCCCGUUCGUAAUCCUUUGCUUUUUGUGUGUAGGUGAAGUGCUUGAUGCACAAAUACGCGAACAAAAUGUAGACUGGAUCGGCCCCUCUUGCUGUUCCAAACCAGUAGACGUCUCGUAGCCCGUGAACCCCACGUCACCCCGCGCAUUUAGUUCUGCCCCCACAACUCCGAGACUAGGUAUUCCGGUGCUCCACCAAGCAACGCAACGCUACGUGAGUCACUUCGACUCACAAAGAGAAAGAGAAACUCGAAAACCCUGAGCAAGAAUCAACCACAAUUACUAUUCUGCCGGACAACAAUUCGACGAGAACGUGAAAAAGCCUGCCAACCAUGGCCGGCCC